AUGUCUCUUUACCCUCACUUAUACCUUCCUAUCCUUCCCUUCUCUAUAUCUCUCGAGAGAGAUGGUCAAACUCAACUCAAAGAGAAAACCAACGCCUUGAAGGGCAAACUGGACACCAAGGAAACGCAGCUGCCCCAACAGCGUGAGGUGGCUGAGAGAGCGGCCCAGGAAAUAACUUCCUUCAAGGACGAAUUCUACGGCAAGAGGCUGCAGGAGAAUCCCCGGGUAUGGCUGUUCAGUUUGCUGCGAUCUGCAGCAGUGUUGGCUGUUGAGCCAACAACCCACGACGAUGCCGAAGCCAGCAAGGCUGAGACCAAGAUAAAUGAGAGGCUGAGAAGCCAGGUGGGAGUUUUGGAGCAGCAGCUCCGUGGCACGGAGGCACGAGUUCGUGAUUCCGAGAUAGCCCGGGAGACUGAAAAGCAACGCUACGAAAAGGAGGUCCGACACCUAGACUCUCAGCUGGCGACUGUCUCCCGGGGUAUCAAGGAAUCCCUGCUCGCGAAGGAUCGGGCGAAGUUUGAAGAACUGCAGGCCGAAUUCAUUGAUCUUACGAGGGACACGAAGGAACUUGAGGAUGAGGUUCAGGGCCUGACGGACCAAGUUCGGGAGCUGGAUGAUGCCAACAACUAUCUGGCUGAGCAAGGAGAAAGCCUGAACCAGAAGGUCGAAGAGUUGAAGGGCGACAACCGAUUCCUGCUGGAGCACAACGAAGAGCUAGUGGGCGUCCUUGGGCACCAGGUCGCGGACUACCAGACAGCGGAGGCGGCAGACAUCACCGCCGCAGUUAGUGGCAUGGCGUUUGGGGCGGAUGAUUAA